AUUAAUUUGCUCACAGCGAUACAGGGACCAUACCUACGUUUCAGCUCGACCAAUUCCGAACGAAACCAGCUGAAGCUAGCGGGCGGGUUCAAUCUCGCCUCAUCCGCCGAGCCCCCUCUCUGCCUUGAAUCCUGCCGGGGCGAGAAUCCCGUUCUUCCUGCGGGCUCGAGGCUCGCAAGGCGCCGGGGAAUCCGCAGGGCGUGUCCCCGAGAAAGUUCAAGGCAGUUUCCUCAGUUUGCUCGAGGCGUGUUCUCGUGCGAGCCUGCACAGAGUCUGUCUGUGUGCGCGACGAGGCUGACGGGGUCCGCCCGGUUUCGUAACAGGGAGAGACGAGGAGCACUUAACGCUUCGAAAACGGCCUCUUGAGCGGCUGUGGAGCGGUGUGCAAUCGGCCGUAACCUCUGUUUGCAAACAGCCGUCGAAACAUUGUCUGUUUUUUAAUGCAUUAUAAAACUAUAAAAUUGAUUAUGCAAUAGAAAACAAUAUGUAUAUCUAUCAAUGCUGGUUAGCAAGCAAGACAAUAGCUCUUUCAGAAUGUUCUGAAUGCAGAGGCUGCUUUUUUGCAUUAACUUACUAGAUCAAGUAAGGGACUGGACAGGUUCAAAAUGUGUCUGCAGGCACACGGCGGCGGUUUGAUAAAACGGUAUUUCGCCGUAUUUCACAUUAGAGGUAGAUUUUUGUGGUGCGUUCUUGCACUCGGCUUCUGUCAUUUCUUUUUUUCGCGGAACCAACCCAAGAGACCUUGCCAAGAUCUAACGUGUAGCAUAAGUACAGCGCAUAAUGUCGUUUAGUUUCUGAGAAACUGUAUUUACUGCUGUGACGGACAGAAAUCGGGUUGGCUGUACGCUGUCUCGUUUGGUACGAUUUUCCUUUGUAAUCUAGAAAAAAUCUCCCUUGCACAGGUUACAAGAACCUGUGCGAGAUUCUCCUCUCAAAUCCGAAUCGGUGCGCUGAUAGUAAAAGUUUCUAUUAUUAACAGCCUACAAGGCCAAUGCGAUUUCUGUGGGAGAGGGAAUCCCUAAACGUCAUUGCUAGGAUACCAAACAAAAACACAGACUAGACAACCCCAUAUAUGGGCACGUACGUCAUCGGAACUCCGAGGGCGGGACUAGGAAAUCCUAGUUUACAAUGCCGCGCGUUGAGUUCGUUUCAUUCAUAAAGACAAGAAGCUGCUCCGCUGCGAGGAUCUUACUACCAACCCCAGUAACACGCAGAGCGGAGUUUUUAGUACUGUUUCUUUGUGUGUUUGUUCUUUGCGUUGUUGUUUUUUUUAAACGACAUUCACCAUUUCUACCGGAAAACCCAUGGAUUCUACCUGCUAAACAACCAGGAGUUUAUAAAGGAAGGGCUCGGGGACCCGGAGUAAUUCAAAACAAGGAAACCGCACGGAUUGGUUGUUGGGACUUGUGUUUUCACUGGGGGGGACGAUCGUUGCAUCUGAAGGACACCGGCCAGGAGAUCAGAACAGGGCUGCCGAGGCUCCGCGGGGACGGACGCACCGGUCUCUCGGCUCAGGCGGGGAGAUGUUCCAGGGGUUCCCCGGCGACUUCGACUCAGGCUCCCGCGGCAGCUCGUCUCCUUCGGCCGAGUCCCAGUACCUGUCCUCCGUGGACUCCUUCGGGAGCCCACCGACCACCGCUGCUCCCCAAGAGUGUGCGGCGGCGGCAGCGUUGGAAAUGCCAGGCUCCUUCGUGCCCACCGUGACGGCCAUCACCACCAGCCAGGACCUGCAGUGGUUGGUCCAGCCCACCCUCAUCUCCUCCGUGGCACAGAGCCAGAGCACCUCUGCUCCCGCCACAUCCCAGCAGGCGCUCAUGGACCCCUACGACAUGCCGGGGCCCAGCUACUCCGGCCCCGGCUACACGCCCCCCAGCGCAGACACCCCCGGGCCCAGCCGCCCCACCCAACGCGCCAGCGUCUCAUUAACGCGUUGUCUCUGCCCCCCCCAUCAGCUCACCCCGGAGGAGGAAGAGAAGAGGCGAGUGCGCCGCGAACGGAACAAGCUCGCAGCCGCCAAGUGUCGGAACCGCCGGCGGGAGCUGACCGACAGGCUGCAGUCGGAGACGGACCAGCUGGAAGAGGAGAAGGCGGAGCUGGAGGCGGAGAUCGCGGAGCUGCAGAAGGAGAAGGAGCGGCUGGAGUUCGUGCUGGUGGCCCAUCAGCCCGCUUGCAAGAUCCCUUACGAGGAGGAGCCGCCCCAGGGCCAGCUUGCUCAGCAGCAGCCCGGGCCGUCCGUGUCCAUCUUGGGGCUCAGCAUGAAGGAGGACCCCUUCUACCUGCCGGGGCCACCCGCACCCCCGGCCUACCCCCCCCACCCUCACCCUCCCAGCGAGCAACAGCAGCAACAGCAGCAGCCCGGGCUGAUGCCGGAGGUAGCCUUUUCUAGUUCUUUCUAUGCCCAGAGUGGGCCUGUGCUGAGCGCCCCGUGCGUGGCAAACCCCUCAUACACAUCUUCAUUUGUGUUCACCUACCCAGAGGGAACUUCGACCUGCGGGGUCAGCGCCAACCAGCGGAACAGCAGCAGCGAUCAGUCCUCAGACUCCCUGAGCUCGCCGUCACUGCUCGCGCUGUGAUCGCAUUAGCCCCGCCCCCGGCACGCACGCACGCUCGCACACGCACACACAGGCGCAGACGCACACACACACACGCCCGUACCCGCGACCCCGCGCGCGCGCCUCCCGCCCUCGCCGACCGCCUGUGCAGCCUCCUCUCCGUGUUGUCUGGGCGCAGACUGUGCAUCUAAACGACAACAGCAACAAAAAAAAACCCACCCAUCCGACAAACCGCCCCUCGCCUCUCACCCUCUCACCCCAUCUGCCCGCCUCCGGUUCUGCUUCGACUCUCAAUGGCGCCGCGCUGCCUUCUCUCUGUUUUUUUUUGUCUUCUCUCUGUCUCCCGCUGUCUGAAGCCGGCCUCCGAGACCUCUCCAGGCCCCUCCAGCUCGUGGGACUUCGACUGAGCGCGCCUCGUCCGCUUUGGGAUCAGGAGCCGCACAAAUAAAAUAAACGCGAUCGCUCACGGGCGUUCCCCCCCCCUGGCAGUGGUGGCGGCGGUGGUGUGGGAGGGAGGUGUUAAAAUGAACUGAAAUUAAAAGUGCAAGAUCCCCAAAUCGCUGGCUGGGGGGCGGUGAACUGGACCUGGUUUUGGAAACAAAAAUCCAGAAUCAGAACAUGAAUCCAGGCGUGAGACUCGAGGGGGGGGGGCGACUCGGGAGACCGGUGAAGGUGUUUUACAGGCGUCAUGGCAUAACACAGCCGCGAUCUCCGGCCCUGUCCCACCUUCCCAACCACCUUUCCUGCAAUGCCUGUCGCAUCCCAGGAGUCUCUCUGUUUGGCUCAGUGUGCAUCGUUCUUCCUCGUGCUCAAGUUCUCAUUGACGUGUUUUUUUAUGAUGAUUUCAAUCGUGUCUGGAUGGACUGCAGCUGUCUUUGAUGGUCUUCACUUACCGGUCAUGGGGAUUUUUUUUCCAUUUCUUUUUUUUUUUCCUUUUCCGAGCAGACUGGUGCAUUGUGACUUGCUGCUGUUUGCUUUCCAAAGUUUGUUUGGAAAAACCGCCCAGACCCUGUCCUUGCUCCUGCAAGAAUCCGAGCCUUGAAACCCUUGUCCUCUGCCGCCUCCACUCUGUUCGGUGGGAUUUCUGCGGCCGCGCUUCGGGCUGCAGGCUGGGGCUCGUGGGGCUCGUGGAGCGGCGCUAUCGCUCAGGAGAGAUGGUGGUGUUUUUCGGAUUCCCCCCCCCCCCCGAGGUCUGCCGGCCUGGCCUGGGCUUCGCUGCCUCUCGGCCGCUUUUCCUUGGAUUUCUUUCUGGGAGGCUGGGCUUGGGAAGGUGGUCUUGGCACGGCAGAUGUUCAGUUUGCAGAUCCUGAAUCUUUCUUCUGUGAAUACGAGCUCGAAGGUGACAAACCGCCAGGAGCACAAACUGCUUUCGCCCAGGGAAGCGUCACAUGGUUGUUUGAAACUUGUUGUUCUUGUUAUUAUAAUGACUAUUAUAAUUAUUAAUAAUAUUAUUUUUUAAAUUGUUAUUAUUCUUGGGCAACUUCAGGCACAUCUUGCACUAUAAACCUUUUUAUAUUUAGAAAUACCUAUGUAUAAAAAAUACAAAUAUAUACAUGAACAUUAUAUAUACAUUUAAUGGAUGUAAAGUGUGAAUGUUUAAAAUAGUCUAACUUAUUUACUUCUUGUCAACGGAUGGGGAUUUGUUGAAAACAGGUCGCAAAUCUGUUUGCUUUUAUUUUUGUAAAAAGGGGACGGUCAUGACCAUCCUCUGGAAAACAAACAGCUGUUCACUGCCUAAGCCAGCAAUGUGUUUGUAUUUGUGCAAUGAUAUAAAUAUCUAUAUAAAUGUUUUAUGCCUUGAGAAUAUAAAGCUGGUCCCUUUUUCUUUGCACAGCCUGCAGAUGGAGCAGGCAUCUCCAGUCCUUGAGUGUAGGAGGUUUUAGAACUGCCCCUCAAUCAGCGCCCGGUUAACACCUGGAAGCCACAGGUGAUCUGACUUCUAAACCCCCUUAAUUGGUUUAAUUAGGUCAUUGAGGUCUGAGAUGGAAUGGAAGCCAGAAACAAAUGCAGCACGCAAAGACUGGACCUGCCUGCCCCUGGCGCACACCAGGAUGUGCCUGCAUGCUCUGGCCAGGUGGGCGGGGGGGGGCACUGGGUUGCCAUGUUGAGACCAGGCAGGGGGUAUGUGGGCUGCCCUGCUGCUCCUCCCCGUCGCCUCCAGUCUCUGUGUCUCAGAGGGAGCUCCAGGCCUGGUGCACUGCUGCUGUGUCAGCAGUGCCGCCUGCCUUACUCCUUCUCAAAGAAGGGACCACCUUUAUAACCCCGGCAACAUAUGUAUCGCCUCCCCAAGAUGACUUGGCAGCUCUCUGAGCAGAUCUCUGGCACUUCAGUUUUCUCUAGGUGGAGGGGAGAAAGUCUCCACCAUCAAAGAUGAGGGGACUGUUUAAUAAAUCAAAAUACAAUCGCAAGGGGUUUCAUUUAAGGACAGGAUAAUUGUUUACAAAUUGGGAACAAAUUCUCCAUGUAAAUGCAGUUCUAAGUAUCCUACCCUCUCUUUCGUUUUCUGGGACUUGUCUGCUGCAGAUGAGGUUUCUGCACACUGCCAGCUGAUCUUGGUGAGGCAUAUGUACGUGCCUUUUGUUGGUUGGGUCUUGGCGAUGUCAGAGUUCAGCAGGGGCUUUCAUUCUGAUGCUUUCUGUUAACACCUGCUCAUGCUGGUGGCUAUUCCGCUCAUAUAAAAAAAAGUCCCUGGGAUCGAAUGGACACAGCCCAUGUCCUUCCAGAUUCCCGGACUCCAGUGCAUUGCCUACAGCCAGGAAUGCACACCUCCUGUGAACUGAUCUAAAGCCUCAGCAGCCAGCUGGUACCUGUGCCUGGCUCUCUAGUGAGGCGUCCAGGAUUUGUAUCAAAACUGCACGGGGCUCUUCUCAUCAGCCUGAAGCCCACUGGAGGCUAAAGAUGGGAGCCCCGGCGCAUUUCCUUCUGCUUUGAGCCAGAUUCCCCACUGAGCCUUUUGGAGCAACGAUGUAACCCAGAUUUUGGAUCAGUCGAGCUUUAAGACGGCCGUGAAUAAUAGAAAGAUUUGUUAUGGGACGGGGUGAGGGCUCUUUUUGUCUCCCUGCUCCUCCCCGCAGUGAAGUUUUGGUUUUUCUGAGGGGAGCCUCUUCCGGAUUAAAUCCGGAACCCCCCGAGGGGUGCCCCAAAGCCUCGAUCUGGGAAGCAGCGUUGCAGGUGAAUGUGAACUGUCUGUUACUGACUGAGCUGGUUUCUUUAAGAGGCUGCAUUGAUCAGCUGAUCUGAAUCACCCAGACCCACACUGCUCUGCCUGAUCACAUGUGACCGUUUGAAGACUAAUGGCUUCCCUCUGGAAGGGCAGCUCCCUGAUUCCGGGUUCCGAUUGGCCCGAGUGUCUCUCAGCUUCAGCAUUAACCCCCACGAACGUCCCGGAGCCAAACUGCUCAGGCUGUUCUGCUCUUACACGAGACACUGAUGGGAGGAAUUUUCAAACAUGUUGUUGCUCCAGGAUCCACCAAAAAAACUCCGAAAGCAACCAUAAAGGUUUUUAAAGUAGUGAAUCUUGCAAAGUGCAGUGUAGAUAUGGAAGAAAAAUAUUCCCGUGAACAUAGUUUAGGAAUAUUAGCUAGAGGUUAUUUAGAGGAAGAAGAAAAAAUUGAGAAUGUUUUGCACAUUUUGACCUGGAGCGAGAAAACCUGAGAAGGCGCCAUUUUUUUGAAAAGCAGAUGGUGGGAUGGGGGCCGGGAGAUGGGCUGCUGGGUCGUGCAGGAAGUGGGUCGGAUGUGCUGUGGUGGCCACUUUUCAGAAAGACUUGUCAGAAGAGUCAAUGUAAAUCAAAGGGCUCCUGCAAACCCCGAACCCCACUGUUCGCUUUGUCGACGAACAGGGAGAAAAGAGGGCAAUUUAAAUGUGAAAUGCGAACAGCGCAUCUCCUUGAUGUCGCCCUUCUGCAGCCGUGCCAGCUGUGUUUCCCGAGCGAGGGAACAGACUUGCACAUUCCUCUGGGGAAUCCUUCAGGGCUCUGGCUUCUGUCAAAGGGAGGCGGAGUUCAGCAGGACCCAGACGAACUGCCAAAUCUCCUCCCCUCGCAGGAGCACUGCUGAGAGCCUGCAGAGGCCAGACUCCAGCUGGUCCAGCUCUUUACUCACCAGCUGCAGGCUUUGAUGAUGCAGAAAAGGAGAGGUUUUGUGAAUGUGUAUAUAUAUCAGUAUAUAUCUGUCCACCCAGCUUGCUGGACGACAGGAGUUUCGGGAUGGACUCAGCCAGCCUGGCAGUGGGAGUCUGAUUGCCACACCUGGCGAGCUUGUAGCACGCUGGCCAAGACACGUCAAGGCACUGUGUCCAGCUACAGGCCUGGGUACUGACAGGCACCACACGGAGUGGCGGCAUCCAGCUCCUCCCGCGAAGUGAAGCCGGUAGCUGUGAUCACGGCUGGAAGCUGUGCGGUUUGGCACGCCGGCCAAUUCGGAUGGCCUGGUGCCACGAUGCCCAUCCGCUGGGCAGCAUUCCUGCUGACGAAGUGUUUCUGAACGGAGCCAACACAGUGUGAACACAGCCCACACCCCUCUCCCAUCCGAGCAGGGUCACCGAACCAGGGAGGCCUGCCAGAAGGAGUGGGAGCUGGUCUAUUAAAAGCAUUUACAGUGUUAUUACCAAAAAAAAUAAAACCCAACCCGUGUGAUGGCACAUCUUGCUGACCUUGGUGUAUUCCGAUGCCGAACUCGGCUCGGACUGAGCCGAGCGAUCCUGCCAGUUUGCAAAGCUGCGGGAGCUCGGCCUUUCCUUUCUGCAAAAUCUAGGACUCAGCCGCUCUGUCAGAAAAGGAACAGAAUGUGCCGUCCGGCAGCGCGGCGGCGAGGGAUCGAGGAGUGUAGGACCCAGCUCUGAGCUUCAGUAUCUGAGGUUGUCUUACAGCACUUGAGAGUGUCUCCCUGCUCCCCAGGGGCAUGACCCUCUCGCUUGUCCUCUGCUCAACUCCCGGGGGCACGUUUUCCCUGCUGACUAACUGUUGCGCCUGAAGUUUCCCGUUCUGAAACAGUGCUAAUGACAGGUGGUUUGCUGGGGGAGGGUAAAUCGCGUCGCACAGAUAUCCAAAGGGCGAGACGUGUCAUUUCCUGUUGUUUUUUCACCUGGUCCUGGAGCCUUUACAUAGGUAAUUUGGUGGAGGUGACGAUCUGGCCACUAGUUCUCCAGGACCAGGGCUGGAGGGUUAUGAUAAAAGAACUAGCUCUUUGAAUGCCACAGAAGUGGAGACGCAGACUCCUCUCAGCCCUUACUAGUCUCAAGGUGCCACAGUUUUGCAGACUCAUUGCUGCGGAGGGGAAACAGCGGUGCUAAUGGACGCAGACUGUGAAUGUCGCCCCCCUGUGGUGAUGCCCCAGCAUUGUGUGUGAACGUUCGCCCCAGAGGCCCGUCUCUCACCUCCCCUCUCUCUUCACUUACAGCUUCUGUGGCCCACAGUGGCGCCGAGACAUUGCGACCCAGACUGCCUGCACUCACAGCCCCGAUCGUAAAAGAGCUCUCGGGCCGCUCAGGACCGAGGGGUGGGGGGGGGGAGGGGGCUUAGGGUCCAGCUGGUUCACCUUGAAGAGCUAGAACUAGACUCCACUGCGGUCAGCCAGGUGUGCCAAGACAGGUGUGUUCAUUACCUGUAUGGGGAGGUGGAUGUAUAUAUUGAUUUGUUUUUUAUUAUGUUUUUCUAUUACUAUUAUUUUGAUUGUAUUCUUGACCUUGCCCAGGGAGACCCUUCUGAAGGAAACCACACUUUUUGUUUUGCUGGGCCAGCGUCAUCCAGCCUUUUCUGGGAUUUGGGGGUCUUUUUGGGGGUUGUCGAGAGACGGAGGAGGGAUGUGUGGCACUCCCCAGCCCCUUGCCACCCCCCCCCAACCUGUGGGGCAAACUGGGGCAAACUGACUGUUGCAGAAUAAGGUCUUCAGCUCCAUUGCCGGCUGUCCCAAUCAGUGUUAAACACAGGGGGGUCACAGAGGGAUCCCCCUGUUGAAUGUGUGACUGAUGGAGGCGCUAUUUGCGGCCCAGCAUUUGAGAGGAGGAGGGGGGUGAGCCCACACCCCAAUAUUGAGACUGCAAUGCCAAUUGAUCACUGCUUUACACAAUGAGUAGUGGGUGUGGGAAACAGAGUGACCAAGAGAUGGAUGCUUGAGGUGGGGAAGCCUCCAUAUUCAAGGGGGUUCUGGGGGGUUCAUGUGAAUGAGCAAGGUGCCCCUCUCUCCUCUGGAACUCUUUAUGCUGUGAACUGCUCUCUGUUAAGACGUUUUAGCUACAGUUUAACUGUAUUUGUUUUUUUUUAAACUAACAAACGAGAAUUUUCAAAGCUUCUUGCUCUCGAGCAGAACUUUCUCCUCAUUUUCUGAAUUUAUUAAUAGAGAAUGGAGCCGCCCGGACAGUCAGAGGAUGCCGUGAGCAUCAGAAACAAGAAAGCAGUCGUUUGCCGUGGGUUUUACUGCAAUGGAAAUGUAGGGGUGGGGGGUGAAGUAUGAUCUGUGCCAGGAGAGGAAAAAAGAGCACUUUUGCGCUGGAGCAAAACGCUCUGGAAGCAGAGCAGAGAGGGGUGGAGAUAGAGAGCUCAAACAGCAUAGGGAACUGGUGGCGCUGCCCUGGGACGAGCCCUGACCAAUGUUCCCUCUAAGUGUGAAAUGAUUCAGUGAACAUAGGAAACUGAACUGCGCACAAAAAAUUAAAAUACCAAAAAAGUAUGAUAAUAAUCAAACAAACGCGGUCGUCGAUUGGAAAAUGCUAUAUUGACCACAUGAGACUGGCUGGGAGGGGCCCAGCUCGGUUGUGUGCGUUAUUAUCGCUACUCGAUCAUUGAUAUCUCUGCUCUCAGAGUCUUGUACCUCCCUGCUCCUGCUCGCUCCAAACUCAGUCUCUAGGACUGGGCUCGUGGAGUCGCUGUCCCGGUCUUUGGGAUCUCUAUGCUUCUAUGAGAAUGACAAUAUUAACAAAAAAAAUAAUUUCAUUUGAACAACUUCAAAUUUGGGCACACACCAACCAUUAAGGAUUAGAGGGAACAUUGGCUCUGACCGCCCUGUUCAACACCAGGGGUCCGGCUCUCGGCCGGCUCUGCAGAGAAUCUGCCUGGAGGAGGAUGCUGAGUCCAGUCUGGCGGUCCUGGUUCCCCAGGCUGUUAGUUAGCAUCAUCCACCCCUCUGCCCCCACCAGAGACGUCUAAUGAAUGCAGCCCUUCAUGUCUCCAGGUCAGUGGCAGGAGGAGAUCCCCUCUCAGGCUUGCAGGAACCCAGCUUCGCCUUUGAUUACAGUUAAACCCUAAAGCCUAUCAGGGAAGCGUACUGAGAGUCCAAUACUGUGAAACCCUUCCCAUUGCAGCUAAUCCUUUGUGGAGUUUUUUUCAUUUUUUUCUUAGGCGAGGCCAGGAUGGUAUAAGAACAGUUUCUAGAAGUGGCCGUUCAGAGUUGGUUGCUGUUCCCCUGUGUGCAACCAGCGCGCUGGCUCCCCGUGCCAUUUCCUGUGUGCAACCAGCGCGCUGGUGCCCCGUGCCAUUUCCUGUGUGCAACCAGUGCUCUGGCUCCCCGUGCCAUUUCCUGUGUGCAACCAGUGCACUGGCUCCCCGUGCCAUUUCCUGUGUGCAACCAGUG